AUGUCCUACGACUACGGAUACACAGGCAGCUACGGUUCCUUGCAGACCAACGAAUUGCAGUACCAGGACUAUGCGCAGCAACAGCAAGCACAGCGAGCUCCCAGGCGACGAGGACAAGAAGCCUUCUAUGAUUCCAUGCUGUACUUCAACCAGCAGGGUCCAACCCAAGGACCCUUCGAGGAUGUUCCACAGUACCAGACACGGCAGUCUGCAGCGAUUGAGGCGCUAAAUCAAUUUGCCGUUCCACAGUAUUUUGAGGAUUCUGCAGGGUCUGGGGUCCCAGUGCUCUCGCCGUAUCUCAACCCGAUGCCUUAUAACCAACCGGGCCCCAUGCGCCCAACCACCCAGUUUCCAACCGGUUUCACUAUCGGGUCCGAGUCUAUGAGCCGAUUGGAACCCGAGCCGUCACUGCAGUCCGAUCCGUCGAAUCUGGAGGAGGCCGUGGGUCGAUACCAACGAGUCCUGCGCCGCACUUUCGACCACACGCGAGCUGGAAGGUUGGUAGAGGCUGGUGGAUUGCUGCUGGAAAUCUCUGAAUGGCUUGUGACUAAUGCACGGGAUCUAGGGCUCCUCCGCGAUGACAGCACUCAUUACUCCGACCGCCUCAAGCUCUGGAACGACUUCAACCUGUGCUGGCUGGCAUUCUGUCAAAAGCAAAAGGAUUUGGUGUUGAAUGUGAUCGCCGGGCAUCCGUCGCAUAUCAGUUUACUACGUCGAGAUCGUCUAGAGGCCAUGGGAAAGGACUUGAUUCAACUGUGCGAUCAACUGGAACAGCACGGUCUGGUAGACUACCAAAUGGGCAUCUGGGAAGAAGAGAUCUUAUCCGUCCUAGGCCAAUGCCUCGAUCUGAUGGAUAGCAGACCCGAACUCCCGGAUCCCACAGCCCCGGCACCUCGCCCAUGA